AUGAAUGACGACUCACUUGCUCUGCUUGACCAAGCCGACCGUACUAUCGCGUUGGGAGACCAUGAUCAGGGAUCCGUGUUGCUGUGGCAGGCUGCGGAACAUGCGAUGUCCAGCCUUGCCGAACGCCAUGGCCGACCUCACAGCGAUGAAGAAGAUCUGAUGCGUUUCGCCAAAUGGCUGGACCAGAAGCAUGACCGUGGCGUAGAGAACUGGCAUCUUCUGGGCUACUUCGCGGCCGGUUCGUUCAGGGACAAUGCCCGGUGGCAUUACGAAGACUGGGAGGAGAUGCGUCAUUCCGUCCCAGACAUCAGGGUGUUCGUGAGUACCCUGCGCGGUUAUCUGGAAACCGCCGGAUGA